AUGGACACCCAGAAAGGUGUUCAACCUUCAAAGCAGCAGCUAAUGAUAAAUAUUUGGGCAAAAUGUCACAUCAAAAAUGAAAUAAAAUCCAGGGAUUCAAUCAGAUGCAGAGAAUGCGGAUACAGAAUAAAGUACAAGAAAAGGACUAAAAGAUUGGUGGUUUUUGAUACUCGAUAA